AUGGUCCGUGGGGUUUUUGUCUGUGUUGCCGCGGGGGCUGGCAUUAUUUUUGCAGGGUAUUGUUUUUAUUUUGACAGAAAAAGACGGAGUCACCCUGAUUUUUGGAAAAAUCUCAGAAAAAAGAGGAUGGAACAAAAGGCUCUUGAAGCUCAAAAGUCAUCCACUUUCCCAUUGCCACCUAUAAAUGAUCAGACUGGGAUGCAGAGAUUUUUUCUUCAACAAAUACAACAAGGAGAAACUGCCCUGAGCAUGGGCUCUUUAGACGAGGGUGUCAACCAUUUUGCUAUUGCCGUUGCUGUUUGUGGUCAACCCAAUCAGUUACUACAGGUGCUCCAACAGUCACUUAGCCCAACUGUGUUUCUAAGACUUAUUGAGGUCCUUCCUUCGGUGCAAUCUAAAUACAAGACGAUGAUCGCUAGUCGUACAUCAUCAGCACGAGAAAUCGAAGAAGAUCUGGAAUAG